AUGGCGGGGCCACUUGUGACGCCUACACUCCAGAUAGCCCCCAGACAGCAGGGUUUGUGGUUGCAGGAGGCCAUUGUGUUUGAGGACGUGGCCGUGUACUUCACAAGGAUAGAAUGGAGUUGCCUGGCCCCCGACCAGCGGGCGCUGUACAGGGAUGUGAUGCUGGAGAACUACGGGCACAUGGCCUCGCUGGGCUUUCUUGUUGCUAAACCAGCACUGAUCUCCCUCUUGGAGCAAGGGGAGGAGCCAGGGGCUUUGAUUCUGCAGGGGACUGAGGAGCAAGGGUCCACAGCCAGCCUAUGCCCAGAUUCUAGGAUGCAGGCUGGGAUCAAGGAAUUUUGUCUGAGGAGAGUGUCUUCUAAGCAGUUAGGACCACUGGGCACGCUUUGGGGGCGCCUCCCUGGGGGAAGACCCAAGUUUCCUGAACGGAAUGGCAGUCCUGAGGAUGGGUUAGAUAAACGACCCCUCAACCCCAAGACAGGCGGCCCUGCCGGGGACCUUAGCACAUCCCCCGCGGCCCUGGAGGAGAAGCAGCGAGGCUUGGGCCCUGCGGAUGCUGUAGGGGAGAGGGCAUACAGGUGUGCCUGUGGCAAGGCCUUCAAGUACAACUCACUGCUGCUCAGGCACCAGGUCAUCCACACGGGGGCCAAGCCCUACCAGUGCACCGAGUGCGGCAAGGCCUUCAAGCAGAGCUCAAUCCUCCUGAGACACCAGCUGAUCCACACUGAGGAGAAGCCCUACCAGUGCAGCGAGUGUGGGAAGGCCUUCCGGCAGAGCACUCAGCUGACAGCGCAUCACAGAGUCCACACUCGGGAGAAGCCCUACGAGUGCGGCGAGUGCGGAAAGGCCUUCGGCCGCAGCUCCCGGCUCUGGCAGCACCAGAAGUUUCACACGGGGGAGAAGCCCUACGAGUGCGGUGAGUGCGGGAAGGCCUUCUGCCGCAGGUUCACCCUCAAUGAGCACUGCCGCAUCCACAGCGGGGAGAGGCCUUACACGUGUCUGCAGUGCGGGCAGCGCUUCAUCCGUGGGUCCUCACUGCUCAAGCACCACAGACUGCAUGCCCGGGAGAGCCCCCAAGAAGACAACGGCUGUCAGAAGCCCCUGCUCAGCGCGGCACAGAAGACUGCCUCGGGGGACAGGCUCUACCAGUGCUCCGUGUGCCAGAAGCCCUUCAAACACAACUCCUUGCUCCUCCUGCACCAGAGGCUGCAUACGGGUGAGAAGCCGUUCGAGUGCAGGGAAUGUGGCAAAGCCUUCAGCCGGAAGUCCAACCUCACGCUGCACCAGAAGACCCACACCAAGGAGAAGCCCUUUGCCUGCACGGAGUGUGGCAAGGCUUUCCGCAGGAGCUACACACUGAACGAGCACUACCGGCUCCACAGCGGGGACAGGCCGUACAGGUGCCAGACCUGCGGGAGGGCCUGCAGCCGGCUGUCCACCCUCAUCCAGCACCAGAAAGUCCAUGGCCCAGAGUGUGCCCAGGACGGCGGGAAGGACAGACGGUUUCCCCACUGGGCUCCCCAUUGA